AGAUAUAGCCGACGGGGCUUCACUUGGAAGCAGAGCAAGUGCUCGGUGCUGCUCAGGCCACGUUGCUGUUGAAGGAACCAGCGAGGGAGCUGGCGAUGAAGUCCGUCGACGGCGACGCGCCGGCGGUGAGCACCGCGGGGGAGGCCGCGCGGAUGGUGUGGGAGGAGUCCAAGCGCCUCUGGGGCAUCGGCAUGCCCAUCGCCAUCGCCACCCUCAGCCUGUUCGCCGUCAGCUCCGUCACCACCAUCUUCGUCGGCCACCUCGGCAACCUGCCGCUCGCCGCCGCAUCCAUCGGCCUCUCCGUCUACUCCACCUUCGCCCUCGGAUUCCUACUCGGCAUGGGGAGCGCGCUGGAGACGCUCUGCGGCCAGGCGUUCGGCGCCGGCCAGGUCGCCAUGCUCGGCGUCUACCUGCAGCGCUCAUGGAUCGUCCUCACCGCCGCCGCGCUCCUCAUGGUGCCCUUCUUCGUCUUCGCCGAGCCGCUGCUCCUCGCCAUCGGCCAGGACGCCGCCGUGGCGCACGAGGCCGCGCGCUUCGCGCUCUACAUCCUCCCCGGCGCCUUCUCCUUCGCCAUCAACUUCCCCACCGCAAAGUUCCUCCAGGCGCAGAGCAAGGUCCUCGUGCUCGCCUGGAUCGGCGUCGCGGGGAUCGGCUUCCACGUCGCGCUCACCUACCUAGUCGUCACCGUCCUCGGGUGGGGAACCCCUGGCGCCGCGGCCGCAUACGACAUCUCGCUCUGGGCCAUCGCGCUGGGCCAGGCGGCAUACAUCAUCGGCUGGUGCAAGGACGGGUGGAGGGGAUGGUCCAUGGCGGCCUUCAACGAUAUGUGGGCCUUCGUCAAGCUCUCAAUCGCGUCCGCCGUCAUGCUCUGCCUCGAGAUUUGGUACGUCUGCCUCAUCACCGUCGUCACCGGCGAUCUCCAGGAUGCGCAGAUUGCCGUCGACUCGCUUGGCAUCUGCAUGAACGUAAACGGAUGGGAGGGUAUGCUCUUCAUCGGUCUCAAUGCUGCUAUCAGUGUCCGAGUCUCCAAUGAGCUGGGUUCUGGCCGUCCAAGGGCAGCGAAGCACGCUGUCAUCGUCGUCGUCGCCGAGUCGCUGCUCAUCGGGCUGCUAUGCAUGGUCCUCGUCUUGAUCUUCAGGAAUAAAUUCUCCAUCAUCUACACUAGUGAUGUGGAGCUCCAGCACGCCGUCUCCAAGAUUGCAGGACUGCUCGGGUUGACCAUGGUGCUCAACAGCGUGCAGCAGGUGAUUUCAGGGGUUGCUAUUGGAGGAGGAUGGCAAGGCCUUGUCGCAUACAUCAACCUAGGCUGCUACUACGUUUUUGGAUUACCCUUGGGCUACCUUCUCGGCUACAAGUUCAACUACGGAGUUAUUGGGAUUUGGUCUGGCAUGCUUUGCGGGAUUGCACUUCAGACACUGAUUUUAGUCUUCAUAGUGUGGAGAACAGAUUGGAAUGCAGAGGCUGCGCUAGCUUCAAGAAAUGUGCGAAAGUGGAGCGGCACCGAUGAAACCAAACCUCUCCUGGAAGAGAAUUAGAGCACCCGAGCAUCUUUUAUCUCAGUUAACACUGCAUUUCUUGAUAUCCAUAAUGAGAGAGGACUUUCUGAGUAGGUGCUCACUGUACACCUGUUGUAUCUGGGUUUUUUCUAUCAAACAUUUUUUUUAUUUUUUUUGGUAUCUCUCACACCAAUACAAUCUUUGAAUUUCAAACUUUGCAGAUCACUGAAACAUAACAACUUCAAGAUGGGAAAAUUAGUUUGGAUUUUUUAAGACAAUAAAUAUAUUGCACAAAAAAUUCUGAACUAUUAUUUUCCACAUUCUAGUUGUUAUUUUUCAGAGACUUGCAAAAUUUCAAAUCCAUAUAUCAUAUAGUUUGAGAGAAAGGAAAAAAUAAAAGGUCAAAAAGAAAAGCGUGGGUGUGCAAUGUCAUGGUGCUCGCUCACAACUUUUCCAAUCAUAAUAUCAUGGUAAAUUUUUUUUUGGAAUCAAUAAGAUAUGAAACCAGGCUCAAGAUGUUGGAUUACUAUAUGAAUGUAUUGUUAAAGUA